AUGGCACCUAGAUUGCCUCCCCCUCCUCAACCGAAUGAACCUGAUGCUUCCAACAACUCUAGGUUGUUGGAGAACGUCAUUGAGAGACUCCAACAACAAAAUACCACCCUCAUGGAACAAAACGCCACUCUGAUGCAGCAAAACCAAGCUGCUAUGCAGAGUCUGGAGGCCUCUCGUGCAAAUUCUGAAACCACGCAGAGGCAGUUGAUGGAGAUACUUGCAGCAACUAGAGGUGCGUCUGGAGCAUCCUCUUCAAACGCUGCUCAACCAAAUGCUGAAUGGAGUUUGGAGAGUUUUCUCCAGCAUCAUCCGUCCAAAUUCAAUGGUAAGGGCCUACCUGAUGAGGCGGACCAGUGGCUAAGGGAUAUGGAGAGGAUCUUCAAUGCCAAGAGGUGUCCGGAUGAGAACCGCUUGGCGUACACUGAAUAUUUGUUGACUGGUGAAGCAAGCCACUGGUGGGCGAGCGCUAGGGCCAUUCUGACGGACGCUCGACAACCAAUCACUUGGGAAGUGUUCAGAAACAAAUUUUAUGAAGAAUAUUUCCCUGACAGCGUCCGUUUUGCAAAGGAAGUUGAAUUCUUACAGCUGGUUCAGGGGGGUAUGUCGGUUUCAGAAUACACCAAUAAAUUCAAACACCUUGUCAGAUUCAAUACUGUGGCCACCAAUGAAGAGUGGCAAUGUCGGAAGUUUGAGAACGGCCUAAGGAGUGAAUUGAAAGUUAUGAUUUCAAGCUUGUGCAUAAGAACGUUUCCUGCCAUGGUUGAGAGGGCCAAGGUGUUGGAGAAGAACAUGGCGGAAGCUGAACGACACAAGAAACAGCAAAUAUUGAGGGGGCCGAUCGUCUCAAGGGGAAAUGUGAAUCAGAGAGGAUCCCCUUACGCUCGUUCAGCAGUCAACGCGAGUGGAUCUCAAGCCUUGGUUCCUACUGGACAGUCUGGGCAGCAAGGUAGCGUUGUAUGUUACAAGUGUGGAGGGCCACAUUAUCGUUCGUCAUGUCCUCAACUGGUCGGAGUAAAAUAUUGCACUCGGUGUAGGCGAAAUGGUCAUCUGGAGAACGAGUGCAACAUGGGCGGAUGCGCAGUAAUGAGGCCGCCGAACGCUGGGAGAAAUCAACAAGGAAGAGGUGGUCGAGCCCAAGCUACUGGACGGGUAUAUGCAAUCACUGGAGCGGAGGCAGCGAGCUCAGGUACGCUUGUCACUGAUACCUGCCUAGUUCAUGGAAUACCUUGCUGUGUGUUAUUUGAUUCUGGGGCGACGCACUCCUUCAUCUCGAAGGCAUGUGUUGAAAAGCUGGGGAUUGUGGAGAGAGAUAUGCAGUUCGACUUGGUGGUAUCCACACCAGCGGCUGGAGAGCUUAGGACAUCUACCGUGUGCAUUAGAUGUCCUAUUGUGGUUGAGGGGCAUAGCUAUAAGGUGAACUCAAUUUGUUUACCUUUGAAGGACUUGGAAAUCAUUCUAGGGAUGGAUUGGUUGGCUGCCAACCACAUUCUCAUAGAUUGUGGCAAUAAGGAGUUAGUAUUUCCGGACGAAGAUGAAGAAUGCGUAGGUGUGACGCUCGGUCAAUUGAAAGAAGAUAUUAUGGAGGGCGCGUCUUGCUUCUUGAUCAUGACGCAUGAAGACCAAGAGCUGGGAGAAUUGAGGCAAGAACGAGCAUCCGUUGUUGACAGUAAAGAACGAACGUCCAUUUUGGAGGAAUUCCAGGACGUUUUUCCAGAAGAAAUACCAGGGUUACCUCCUGUGCGUGAGAUUGAAUUCACCAUUGACCUGGUGACCACAGCAGCCCCUAUAUCUGUUCAACCGUACCGUAUGGCGCCUGCAGAGUUGGUUGAACUCAAAAAGCAGAUUGAAGAGCUAAUGGAGAAGGUGAAGGAGGACGACAUCCAGAAGACUGCUUUCAGGUCGCGUUAUGGACACUACGAGUAUGUAGUGAUGCCAUUUGGAGUAACAAACGCUCCUGCAGUGUUCAUGGAUUAUAUGAACCGCAUUUUCCGACCGUACCUGGACAAGUUCGUGGUCGUUUUUAUAGAUGAUAUUCUCAUCUACUCUAAGACACAAGCCGAACAUGAAGAACACUUGAGGGCAGUGCUGAGCGUGUUGAGAGAAAAAGAGUUGUAUGCAAAGCUGUCCAAGUGUGAAUUUUGGAUGAAGGAGGUACAAUUUUUGGGCCAUGUGGUCUCGGCUGAAGGUAUUUCAGUGGAUCCAUCUAAGGUGAGAGCAGUGUUGGAUUGGAAAAGCCCGCGUUCGGUUACGAAAGUGAGGAGCUUUGUUGGACUUGCGGGCUACUAUAGACGUUUCAUAGAGGGAUUCGCCAAGAUAGUGGCUCCGCUUACCCAAUUGACUAGAAAGGAUCAGCCGUUCGCAUGGACUGAUCUGUGUGAAGAGCGUUUCCAGGAGUUGAAAGUGAAGUUGACGAGCGCUCCUGUACUAAUCCUUCCGGACACGUCCAAGCCCUUUGAAGUCUACUGUGACGCGUCUCAUCAAGGGUUGGGCUGUGUGCUUAUGCAAGACAGACGAGCAGUAGCAUACGCGUCUCGUCAAUUGAAGAAGGAAUUGAACAUGAGGCAGAGACGUUGGUUAGAGUUCUUAAAAGACUAUGAGUUUGAGUUGCUCUAUCAUCCUGGGAAGGCCAAUGUAGUGGCGGACGCUCUAAGCAGGAAGUCAGUGCACGUCUCGUUAAUGAUGGUGAAGGAGCUGCACUUAGUGGAGAGUUUCAGGGAUCUAAGGUUGCAGUUUGAGUUAGAACCGAACAACAUCAAGUGUUGUAACCUUAGAAUAUCAAGCACUGUAUUUGACCGAAUCUGGAUGAAACAACGAGAGGAUGAAGAGCUAGUGAAGAUUUUAAGCGCGCUCGGUACGGAUCAGGCCAAGCAUUUCAAUGUUGGAACGGACGGCCUAUUGCGGUACAUGGAUAGGACUUGCGUUCCCAAUGAUGGCGAGCUGAAGCGGAUCAUAUUGGAGGAAGCGCAUCAUAGCCGUCUUAGCAUACAUCCCGGUAUGACUAAGAUGUAUAAGGAUCUUAGGCAGUCGUUCUGGUGGUCUGGAAUGAAGAACGACGUCUCUCGCUUUGUAGCGUCUUGCUUGACCUGUCAACGUGCAAAGGCUGAACACCAACGACCAGGCGGGUUACUUCAACAAUUGGAGAUUCCUGAAUGA